CAUAUUAAUAUUAAAUACCAAAAUUGCCCCGAUGGAUAUUGCAUAGAUGCAAACCCUAAACCCUUGAACAUCAUCUUCCCCGUUUGUUCAGUCGUCAGUAGCGGCAAAGUAGUAACCCGGAAUGGACCAGAAACUCGAUAUUUUAGAGAAAAAGGUUCUUGUUGGAAUUGUUAAGAUGGUCCAAAAGCAAGGAAUGCAGGGCACUGCUGGAGGUUGGAAAGACUUUUUGAAUAGUUAUGACAAAAAGUUUGGCUCUAGUUUAAGUGAUCCGGCUAAGAGGUCCAACGAUGUUUUGGUAUCUUUUCUAAAGACAUUCACUGAGGAUGAUGAUUUAAAGUUUAUCGCAAAAGUGUUGCAACAUCAUCAGAAUCGUGAUAUAUUGGAGCUAUAUGAAAAGAAAUCUCCUGAUGAUAAAUCCCCUGAGCAGAGGCUGGUUCGUUUAACUCUUCAACACCCUCAGUAUGCAUUGAAUUAUAUGUUCCCAUCAUGUAAUGAGGAGUGGGUAAUUACCAAGCUUGGUGAGAAAUCCAAAGUGAUGACAUCAAACACAAUGUACGCUGUUGAUUGUGAGAUGGUUCUUUGUGAAGAUGGCAGUGAGGCUUUGGUGAGGGUGUGUGUUGUCAAUCGCAAUUUAGAGGUAAAGUUGGAUGAACUUGUGAACCCUAACAAAGCAGUUGCUGAUUAUAGAUCUGAGAUUACUGGAGUUACUGCUGAAGAUCUGGUUGGUGUUACCUGUUCAUUGGCAGAUAUACAGAGAAGAAUGGAGAAGCUACUAUCACAUGGAAACAUUUUAGUGGGCCACAGUUUGAAUAAUGACCUAAAUGCACUAAAAGUAGAUCAUCCAAGAGUCAUUGACACCUCCUUAAUCUUCAAAUACUCAAAUGGAAAUAGAAGACCUUCUUUGAAUAAUUUGUGCAAGUCUGUGCUGGGCUAUGAAAUUCGGAAAAGUGGUGCUCCACAUGAUUGUUUAGAUGAUGCAUGUGCUGCAAUGAAGCUAGUUCUUGCUGUAAUAGAGCAUGGUUUUGAUAAUACUAUGCCCAUUGUUCAAGAUGUUCCAGAAAUAGACAAGGCAAAGCUAUUUAUCCACAGGAUACCAUUCAAUGUGCCUAGUGAAGAAUUACACAGUGUUAUUCCUGGGGACUUCACAAUUGAAGUCAAGACAUCAAAGAGACAACAAGGAGACAAGUAUGCUGCUGUUGCCAUAUUUAGUAGCCCACAAGAAGCAUGUCAAGCAUUUGAGAAUGUGGAAGGCAGCCUAGAUAAGGAUUCAUCUGGGAGGCAGCAGAAACUUGUCAAAUUCCAAACCAGCAAAGGUGUGACUCGGGGCAUAUAUGUUCGUAAAAUGGCAUGUGAUGCUCUUCCUGGCGAGGUUUUGGUUAAGAGAGCUCUGGAAGGAGAGGAGAACACAGGUCUAUCCAAAAAACGGAAAAUUGAGCAGAUAAAUGAAGAGAUAAUGUCAGGGUUAGACAAGUGCAAGUGUAAAGAGCACAUAAAGGAGAUUGAAAGAUUGAGGAAAAUGGCAAACUCGAAUCAAUGCGAAGAUCACUUGAGAGAGAUUGAACGUUUGAAGCAAGAACUAAUAGAAAAGGAUUUCCAGAUUUCAAAGCAGCAUAAGAUGAUAUCUCUCCUUGAAGAGAAAUUACAAAGGAAAAAGGACAAAAAGAAUAAAGGAAGGUGAACAUGCCACCACUAAUUUGCUGCAUGAUACCAUUGAUUAAAAAUUUUGGGGUCAAAUUUAGAAUUGAGGAGAGGCUGGUGGAUGUGAUGUGGCCAACAGAGAUAUAUAUUUAUGAUAUUUCUCAUUGCUUGGAGUGAUGUUGAAGAAAUGAGUGAAGGCAGGAGAGGAUACUUUUUUGGGUGUAAAAAAUGAGUUACGUUUUCCUGGUUUGACUCAUUGUUAUUUUGCCAAGCAGUUUUUGAACCUCUUCAAAUUCUUGUAAUUUCAUUGUUUCAAUUUUUAUUUUCCCUUAAUACAUUUGUGUUUUGUGAGCUUCUAAAACAAAAUAUUUGAUUGAUGUUUUAUUAA